ANAAAAAAAAAAAAAAGAUAACUGCUUAGAGAUUUAUCUGAUAUCGAGAAUAUAAACUGAUUAUUAUUCUAUAUACUGUAAAUUACUUCAACAGUGUAUUGUUUCAACAGCAUACUAUUGAUUCAAUAUUCAAAAUGGUGCAUAAAGCAGAAUAUUUGGAUAUACAUCCUACCGAAAUAUCGAGCGUUUUGGCUGGAGGAUAUUUCCAUCCAUUGCUAAGAGAAUGGCAACAAGGUGCUCAAUUACACAAAAAAAUGUUCAUUUUCCCACUAUUUGUGUCUGAUAUCGAAGAUGAAGAGACAGAUAUUCCUUCUUUGCCAAACAUCAAAAGAAGAGGCGUCAAGACGUUGAUUCCCUAUGUUGCUUCGCUCGUUGAAAAGGGCCUUUCGUCUGUUAUCUUGUUUGGAGUGCCAUUGACCAAAGAAAAGGAUCCCGAGGGAACAUUGGCAGAUGAUCCUGAGGGACCAGUUAUCCAGGCCAUCAAGGCAUUGCGAAAGAACUUCCCUGAUUUGUUUGUGAUGUGUGAUGUGUGUCUUUGCGAGUAUACCUCCCAUGGACACUGUGGGGUCUUAUAUGAGGAUGGGUCGAUCAACAGAGAAACGUCGGUGAGAAGAAUCGCAGCAGUGGCAGUGAACUACGCCAAAGCUGGAGCCCACUCAGUAGCCCCCUCAGACAUGAUCGAUGGUAGAAUCAAGGACAUGAAGUUGGGUCUCAUCAAGGCUGGGUUGGCCCACAGAUGCUUUGUGAUGAGCUACGCAGCCAAAUUCUCCGGGAACCUCUAUGGGCCCUUCAGGGACGCAGCAGGCUCAGCACCCAGUCAUGGCGACAGAAAGUGCUACCAACUUCCCUCUGGAGGCAAGGGGUUGGCCAGAAGAGCCUUAAUGAGAGAUCUUGCAGAGGGAACCGACGGUGUGAUAGUCAAACCCUCGACGUUCUACUUGGACGUCAUCUCUGAGGCCUCGAAUAUCUGCCAGGACAUUCCCAUUUGCACCUAUCAUGUUAGUGGCGAGUACGCUAUGCUCCAUGCAGCUGCUGAGAAGGGUGUGGUGGACUUGAAGAGCAUUGCUUUCGAGGCCCACAACGGCUUUCUCAGAGCAGGCGCCAGGUUGAUCAUCUCGUACUUCACGCCAGAGUUCUUGGAGUGGUUGGAGCAGUAGGAGCAGAGCAAGGGAAGAGCACUCGAAGAGCACCUCGAGACACAGCUCAGGCUCCCGUGCUGCAGCGCCAGCACCAUGUAAAUAGCAAAUACACGUCCAUCUCUGCUUCUUCUCCU